AUGGCGGAGCUUAGUACCUUGAAUCUCACACUUCAACCUAUCAGGAACAAAAACCUCUCUUUCAAAGACCGUUCCACCUUCUCAGCGAAGGAUAGUGUGGAGUAUAUCUGGAGGGGCCUUGACCUGCCGAACGAAACCCUCCACCAUUUAUCACUCCCAGGAGAAGGACUGGGGCUUCCAUCGUCAUUCAAGAUUGGUCAUCUAGCCCAAGCAUCGAUCGGGCUAUCUGCAUUGCUUGCAGCCCAAAUCCAUGCUCACCGAAACAAAAUCCCCACACCCGCUGUGUCCGUCGGAUUAGAACAUGCAGUUAUCGAGUUCAAAUCUGAGCGAUUGUAUGUUAUAGACAACAAGCCUCCCCUGUCCGCGUGGGGACCUAUUGGUGGGCUUCAUAAGACAGCAGAUGGAUACGUUCGUGUACAUGACAAUUUCCCAAAUCAUUGCAAUGGAACGAAGAAGCUCUUGGGCUGUUCACCCGAUGCGGAUCGCGAGGAGGUUGCCGCGAAGAUCUCAGAAUGGCGAUCGGUUGAUUUGGAAUCAGCUGCCUUCGAUUCGAAUCUGGUUAUAUCUGCGCUGCGCAGCUAUAUCCAAUGGGAUGUUCUCGCUCAAGCUCGCGCCGUGGCGGACUUUCCCAUUCUUCUUCGAAAAUUGAGUGAUGGCCCUGUCGGUCUGCCCCAAGGCUUGCAGUUUCCAAAUGCAGAUAAAUGUCUUCGGGGUCUGCGGGUUCUUGAGUUCUCUCGUGUUAUUGCUGCUCCUCUAUCUGGGAAGACAUUGGCUGCACAUGGUGCUGAUGUGCUGUGGGUUACAAGUCCAACCUUACCUGAUCUUCCAUCCAUAGACCGUGACUUUGGUCGUGGAAAACGGACCAUCCAGACAAAUCUGGAAACCGAUCAAGGAAAUGAAGUGAUAUCCGAGCUCCUCGAAGAUGCUCAUGUUUUCGUUCAAGGGUAUAGACCAGGCAGUCUUGCGUCGCGUGGCCUAUCUCCUGAGGAUCUGGUAAAACGGUUCUCUCAUCGAGGAAUUAUCUGUGCAAAUAUGUCAGCAUACGGGCCAGAUGGCCCCUGGAACAAGAAUCGCGGCUUUGACUCUCUUGUGCAGACCUGCUCAGGUAUGAAUGUUUCCGAAGCCGAACAUUUCGGUGCCGGGGAUCCGGCACACCCCAUGCCGUGUCAAGCUCUCGAUCAUGCUGCGGGAUAUUUUCUGGCGUCUGGCAUUAUGGCGGCAUUGUAUAAACAGGCCACAGAAGGAGGCUCUUGGGAAGUCAAUGUGUCUCUUGGUGGUGUGAUGAAGUACCUCCGCUCUCUCGGACAGUUGGAAGGAAAGUCUGGCUUCCAGACUCCAGAUUACACAUCUAUAAGUGACGUUCCAUCUGAGUAUCUUGAAACCCGUCCUACUGGUUUUGGGGAGAUGACUGCCGUUCGGCAUUCUGCUCAUAUUGAAGGCGUGAAGGUUGGAUGGGAUAUUAUGCCAAAGCCUCUUGGGUCUGAUAAGAAGGAAUGGCUUACGAGAUGA